AUGCCUUGUUAUAUUGAUACAAUCGUGAGGAUUAUUCAAGUUUGUUUAACUGAUAGAGAAGAUUUAAAUUUGACUAUUGUGUGGGCUACAGGUGUUUAUCCUCUUGAAAGUGAAGAUCGUGAAUUGGAUUUGGUGUUGUUUGUUCUAAUAAAGGAUGAUGAGAAAGAUCCUAAUACUCAGGCAAUAUUUGUAAAGAAUGAGCAUUAUUGUAUUAGUGGAAAAGUUGUGUUUGAAAUUUUUAAUAAUAAUUUUAAAUUGAAGAUGACUGUUUCAACUUCUACUCAUAUUACUAUUAUGAGAGAUCUUGGUUCUAACAGGUGUCUUUUAAAAGUUUCAUUGGUGAGUGUUGCUCAAGAUGUAAUGAGAGAGUUUAAUAAAGAGGAUACAAUUGUUAAUGUUUUGCCAAAUGAGUCUGUUUUUUUCAUUACAGGACAGUUGGAGGUUAUUGAUGAUAAUUGUAUACAAAUGCCAUUAAUAUUUCUUACAUUGAUGUUUCUUUUGCAUCUAAAAAAAAAGUUUCAGAUUCUUGCUUGUGAAGGUUUAAACAAGACUUCUGUUAAUAAAAGUUUAGAUUGUGACAAGCCUAUUGUUGAUUUAACUACUAUUAAUAGUAAUUCUUUAAAGUGUGAGAGAGUGGUAGACAAAGUAGAUGGUUGUACUAAGUAUGUUGUUUCUUCUAUCAGCGGUUGCUGUUCAUCUAAGCAUGUUAGAGUCAAUGACGAAGCUGAUAAUUAUGUUGAGUAUAUUGAUUCGGAUUGUAGUGAUAAUAAACGUAUUAGCAAAAGUAUUAAUGAGUGUGCAGAAGAUGGCAGUGAAUAUUGUGGAAAUAUUAUUUUUGAAGAUAAAAACGAAUUUAGUUGUGAUAAGAAAAUGAAUAAGGGUAAAGAAAAGGAGGUUCAGCCUACAGUGUAUAAUACAAGGCGUAGAACUAAGUCUUAG